AAACUUGAAGUAGAAAUGCAACAAAAACUUGAAUUGGAGGAAGAAACGUGCAUCGAGUUGAAACAAGUUUUUGCAAGUUUGCAGCAACAGGUAGAUUUCAAGAGAGAUAAAUUGAAAAGGCUAAAUAGCAAGUUGCAAUCUAUCAGACAAGAAAUCAGGGAUAACCAUGAAGUUUAUGUCAAAGAUAGGCAAGAAAUUGAGGAAGCCAACGACGAAGCUGCUAUGCACUUGAGAAAAUGGUUUUUGAUUAUCGAUAACUUCCUUCCUUCGGAAGAAAGAACAAGAUUGAUAAAUUUGGCUCAGUAUGAUGACAACAUUGAUAAUUGGGUUCUGAGGAAAGAAAAAAUUAGGAUAAACCCUGCUGAUAGACCUUUUGCUCAUAAUUAUAGAAGACCCAUUUCAGAUGCAGCUAUACAGAUGAGCCAAACUAUGCCCAAGUAUAGGGGUGAAAAUGUGCUUGAUCUCAAACUAGAUAUGCCUUUACGUACCACGCAAGAUUACACCCCACCUUCAAUUUGCCCACAAAUCAAAUCCAUUGUGGGAGGUGUCAUUCAAAAAGAAAUCGAUAACAACCGUAUUGUAAUAAAAAUGCCAACACAUGCUGUAGGAAGAAGUUCUUCAUCUAAAAUAGAACAAGAAGGAAAAUACAAACAAGCUACUCGGAUGAUGGUGGAUAUGAAUAGUUAUAGGAAACGAUAGGCAUGCUGAAAGCGCUUUUGAAUGGAACAAGGAAAUUAUGAAAACUUAGACAAAGGGAUAUUUGCCAAGCCUUUUUACCUUUUUUUGUGAUAUACAUAUUACGUUUAAAUGCGGCUCUUUUAGCAAAUUUUAUUUUUUAUAUUAUAUUA